AUGUCCAGCAUCCCCGUCGUCGACUUUGCGCCGUUUCUCGCUUCCAAAACGACUCCCAACGACGAGUCGGAGCAGCAGAAGCAAGCGGUCGCAGCCGCCAUCCUCGACUCAUUCAAGCGCAUUGGAUUCGUGUACCUCGUCAACCACGGGAUGGCGCAGUCCGAGAUCGACGAGAUGUUUGCAGUGAGCAAGUCAUUCUUCGCAUUACCGCUUGAAACGAAGCUCCUCGCGCCACGACCGGCAGCGAAGACACACCACCGCGGGUACUCUGAGCUCGGCCGCGAGAAGGUCACGCAGCCGGGCGACACAGACGCAUAUGUGCCCGACACAAAGGAGAGCUUCGAGUGUGGGGCGGACAAUGACGCCAUGCCAAACGUGUGGCCGCCAGAAGAGGCGCUGCCGGGCUUCAGAGCAGCGUGUGAUGCGUUCUAUGCGCGCUGCUAUGAACUCGAGCAGAACAUCCUCCGCGCCAUCGCGCUUGGUUUUCGUCUCCCAGAAGACUACUUCCUUGCGAGUCAUCCGCCCCAGCAGAACCAGCUGCGGCUUCUGCACUAUCCGCCCGUAUCCCAAGCCAGCCUCGAAGAGGGCACUGCCCGCCGGAUGGUUGCGCACACAGACUUCAUUACAAUCACGCUGCUGUUCCAGGACGAUGUCGGAGGGUUGGAAGUCGAAGACCCCGCUCAGCCAGGGGUGUACAUCGCCGCGCAGCCGAUUCCCGGCGCGGUGAUCGUCAAUGCCGGCGACCUCCUGAAGCGCUGGUCAAAUGAUGUGAUCAAGAGCACCAAGCACCGCGUGCGCGCGCCGCCGACAGCUGCGAAAGACGGCGUAACGCCUGCGCGGUACUCGAUUCCAUACUUCUGCGGACCUCUUCCUGACACCGUCGUCGAUUGCAUGCCCGGCACUUUCGACCCCUCGCAGCUGGAGACGAAGAGAUAUGCGCCGAUUACGGCAGGAGAUUAUGUCAUGCACCGCCUCGCGGAUUCAUAUUGA